AUCAUAUGGCAGUUAGUCAACCGGGCAUAGCCAGUAGCGUACUCAGUCUUCACUGUUACCGCCACCUGGAAUGUCUCGCCGGUAGUGGCAGCAAAAAACUAGUACUAUGGCUAAGCGCAGUACUUUGUUUAUUCGUAUCGUAGAGGGGAAGAACUUGCCUGUCAAAGACAUCUCUGGCAGCAGUGACCCAUAUUGCAUUGUUCGGAUUGAUAGUGAAGCCAUCAUAAGGACUGCUACAAUCUGGAAGACACUGUCUCCAUUCUGGGGUGAAGAGUACCAUGUGAAUCUGCCACCUAGUUUCCACACAGUCUCUUUCUAUGUUAUGGAUGAGGAUUCACUCAGCCGUGAUGAUGUCAUUGGAAAAGUGUCAGUCGCAAAGGAGAUCCUCGCUUCUAAGCCUCAAGGCUUGGACGGCUGGCUAAACUUAACUGAAAUUGACCCAGAUGAAGAAGUGCAAGGAGAGAUCCACCUUCAGAUUUCUAUCACAAAAGAAGAGACAUCCAGGAAACUACGGUGCCAUGUCUUUGAAGCCAGAGAUUUGGCGAGGAAAGACCGCAAUGGUGCUUCAGACCCUUUUGUGAGAGUGAUGUACAAUGGGAAGAUGUACGAGACCACAGUGGUGAAGAAGUCAUGUUACCCACGUUGGAAUGAGAGUUUUGAGUUUGAAAUAGAUGAGACGUUUGCAGAUAACACACUGAUUGUGGAAGUAUGGGAUUGGGACCUGGUCAGUAAAAAUGACUUUCUGGGCAAGGUGCUUUUCAACAUCAGCAAGCUUUGUUCCAUUCAGCAGGAGGAGGACUGGUUUCGGCUGAUUCCAAUUAAACCCAAGGAAAGGGAAGAUGAAGGUAAUUUAGGAUCAUUGCGUCUGCAGCUGAAACUCCGUGAUGAAACAAUCCUCUUUUCCAACUACUAUCAGCCCCUCACUGAAUUAUUAUGCCAGGCUGUGAAGACAAAUAUUAAUUGCAGCCAGUCAGAUUUAAUCAGGUUGAUUGAUGAGACCACCACUGCAGAAAGCCGACAAGAAGUGGCGACCAAUCUUGUCAAGCUUUUCCUAGGCCAAGGCUUGGCCAGAGAGUUCUUGGAUGUACUUUUCAAGCUGGAGUUAACAAAAACCAGUGAACCAAAUACACUAUUUAGAAGUAAUUCUUUGGCAUCAAAGUCAAUGGAGUCCUUCUUAAAGGUGGCUGGAAUGCAAUAUCUGCAUCAUGUUCUAGGACCUACAGUCAGCAGAAUUUUCGAGGAAAAGAAGUAUGUGGAACUUGAUCCCAGUAAAGUGGAGAUCAGAGAAGCAGGUUGUACAGGGCUUCACAGAGUGCAGACAGAAACAGAGGUGAUCCAACAAAGCACCCACUAUCUGCAGUCUUACCUGACUGACCUGCUCCAUUCCAUCCUGAAGUCAAUACGCCACUGCCCGCCUAUAGUGCGCAGUGCUUUCCGCCAGCUGUAUGAGCGCGUCCAGGAACGCUUUCCUGACAAGGAGUUCCGGAAGGUGAAGUUUAUAGCGGUUACAAGUUUCCUGUGUCUACGCUUCUUUUCACCCGCCAUCAUGUCCCCUAAAUUAUUCCAUCUGAGGGAGAAGCACCCAGAUGCCCGAACCAGCCGCACACUGCUACUGUUGGCUAAGACUGUCCAAAUAAUUGGAAAUCUAGACACUCUGGCCAGCCGCUCUAAAGAAUCUUGGAUGGUCCCUUUGCUCCCUGCAGUUCAACAAGGUAUUGCCCAGCUCAAAGAGUUCAUCACUCAACUGGUCAGCUUCGAGGAAAAAGAAGAUCUUGACCUUCAAGACAGACUCAGUCUGCAGUCUUCAUCAAUAAUUAAGGAAGGAUAUCUCUUCCUGCAUAAGACCAGAGAGAAAGGGAUGCUGAUAUCUUCACCUUUUAAAAAAUACUAUGUCACACUGUGCAAUGAUACCUUGUCAUAUGCCAAGACAUCCAGCUCUAAGAAGAGCUCAUUCAUUGUGUUGUCCAAAAUCCGAGCCAUAGAGAAGGUUGAAGAGAAAAGCUUCGGCAACUCCCAUGUCAUGCAGAUCAUUUCAAAUGAUGACAAUGAGCAAAACGAAAUCCUAUACAUGCAGUGUAAGAGUGUGAAUGAGCUUAACCAAUGGUUGUCUGCUUUACGAAAGUCUUGUGUCCACAAUAAUGAAAUGAUGAGCUCUUACCAUCCUGGAGUCUUCAAAGGCGAUAAGUGGAGCUGCUGCCACCAAAAAGAAAAAACAGCAUCUGGUUGUGAUAAAACCCAACAUGGAGUUACACUUCAAGAAUGGAAUGAUCCCCUGGAUCCAGAUCUGGAAUCUCAAUUGAUUUUUAUGCAUUUGUUUAGAGUAAAGGAGGCAAUGAGGGAAAAGUAUCUUGCAAUGACGGCAGAAAAGGACAAAAGAAACAACAUUGGUCAUGCUCAAGACUCCCAGAAGAAUGCAGUUAUCUCACAGCUCUUUCGUGUCCUCCAGGACCUGCAGGAUGCUCAUGAAGAUGUGAAGCGCUCAGAGAAACAGAAAAACAAAAACUUUCUUCAGGACCUGCAGACAUAAAAACUGGAUACAUUUUUACUGUAUAUUAAGUCUGCUUGCUCCUCACUGAUUCAACAGGACUAUAGAAGAACUGUUUUGUAUUUCAACAAUCAUUAUUUUAAACUUUUUAUGACUUUUAUAAAGGUGGUGUCUGACAUGAAGAGUACCAGCCCUUCAUAUUUUAACUCAUAACCUCAUAUGAAGAAUGUAUGCUUACUUUGAUUUUUUUUUUGUUAUUGAUAUUUUUAUACUAUAACAAGUUUUAUCAAAACUGUAAUGUGGUCAGUAAUGCAUUUCAACUAAAGGAUAAAGUCAUCUGAAAGGAAAACUUAAUGGGCUUUGGGUUAAACCGAUUGAUUCCAAGAAGCAAUCAGAACAUGUUUGUACCAGGAACUAAUACACUGAAGAUGAAUCAUAAACAAAUAGUGUGGUCUCAGACGUCUCCAAGAUUAUUUAAUAAACAUCACUAUAGGAUUAUUCUGACAGUUAACAAAAUAAUUUUUAGCACACAAACCACAGUUGGAAUAUUAAAAAUUUCUGAAAGUCCAAAAUGCGUGUGCCAAAUUUUCUGAGCUUCCAAGCAGCUGUUUGGCUGUUGUUGAUAUCAACUUUAAAACCAAACCUAAAUAUCUCACAGCUGAAUAGUUGGAAUUCAUCCAAAACAUAUUUAAGAUAUUAAGAUUUAACAAUUGCUUCAUUCUUCCUGGAGUUCCAGUGUCCACAAAAUUUUACACACUGAUGCACAAACACAAAUCUUUCCAAAAAUGCUCAAACAUCACUCCAAGGAUGUGGAAACAGGUUUUCUGUUGAAAACACCAAGUUAGUUUUCUCAGCAGAAACAAACCUGCCUCCAUAUAUGAAAUAUGGAGAAACUCAGUAAGGCUUCGUAACUGCAAAACUGGCUAACACAAAAGUGAAGAAUCACUGAUCUGGGAUCUCUUUUCAUAAUCCUAAUCUUAAAUGGUGUAAACAAGAAUAGUGGCAUCCUGAACAACAGGAAAUCACUUCCACAUCCCUGUGUUGUUUGUAAAAUUUCAUUAAUCCGUUUUUCUAACUGUAGUAUUCACAGGUUCAUGAUGCAGGAAAAACCCCUGGAAAGGUGGUCAUUCCUUCAUAGGGCACACUGGUGCAAUAGCAGCCCAGCUUUCAGUAGUUGCUAUUCAUAUAAUGAAUGGCCUUGGAUAAUGACUGACUGACUGACUGUUUCCGAUAAGAAAGAAACCUUCUGUCCUUCCCUGCCAGGACACAAGUCCAGCUGCACCUUCCAGUUGCCUGGCUGGGAUCAUCCCCUGUAUUGGCCUCCCAUUCAGGCACAGGGAAUGAGAUCCACCAUCAUCGGGACUCCCAUCCAACCAUUACAAUACCUUGUAUAUUCUUUACUGUUGCCUCACAGGCAGCUUAAGUGACUCACUCAGUGUCACACAGUGGCAGGAAGUGAACCACUGACCUUGUGGUUUAAAGUUCAUUCAAGUUCCUUUUUCUAUAUACCAAAAACAUUUGGAUCUUUACUCUGUUGAACCAUUAGCUUCAAAUGAAAGGGUGGCAAGGUUGCAGUAAGUUAUAAAAGCAGGCAGCCUCAGAGCUUUGUCAAAGUAUCAGCUUUUAAUAACAAGUAAUUGACACUUAGAAAAGAAGUUACACGCAGUCGUUCAUUAUAAUGUCCUCAUAAAUCUUGCCCUGCUGUUCACAGUAAAUAAGGCAUUUUAUUCAAACACUAGCAAAUUUCAUAAAACAAUGGGCAUCAGUUAUAGUGCUGUUGAUUAAUCAAAUGUAUCAGAAGUACUGUGUAACUAACUUAAGUGUGUUUCUGUGUGCAAUAGUGGUAGUUUUUUUUUUUUUUACCAGGGGCUAAGCCUAUUGGCAGGCAAUGUGGUGUGGUGAUUAUGGUUUAGGACUUUAAAUCCUGACACUUUGUGACAAUGAGCAAGUCACCUACAUGUGAAAAAUAAAAGAAAUGUAACCAAUUGUAUCUUAAAUGUUAUAAGCUGCCUCAGAUAAAGACAUCAUACGUCAUACAAUAAGUAAUAAUACUAUUAGGUCAUUGGAGGUGCUUACUCUUGCUCGUGCUAUAUACAUUUGCCUGUGUGUAAUUCAUUACUGCAUUAGGUCAGUUCCUGCUUCUCCAAAUAACUUGGCCUUUGUUGAUGGUCAAUGCGAAACACAAUUUUACAGAAAAGUGUAUUCUUUUGAUUUGAAAUUGGUAAUCAGUAAGAAUAAUGUGAAAUGUGAGCAUAUACAGUAUAUUAUCAUUAUUAGAUAUGUCUUUAUGUAACAUUUUCUUUAAUAUUUAUCAGCACAUCUCAAUCUAUACCUGCCUACUACAAGACUCUUCCCUUAAUAAAUGUUUAUUGAAUGUUCAGCCUGCUGAUAUGCCCAAACCAUUUCCAAUCACAUCAACUCUUGUACCAUUUCUCAUUAUUUUUUAUUACUCUGUCUUGCCAUCUAAUUCCAGUCAUCCAUAUGUAAUAUUUCUUCACAAAUGUCCUGGUCUUGUACUUGUCUUCUACCUUCAUUGUCCGUAGCUCAGAGCUGUAUAACAAGUUCCAAAAUACACUCACUUCUAAUAUUCUCUUUUUUGUGUUAAUAAUUGUAUUACACUUUUUCUAAAUUGUUUUCAAUUUUGAAUUGGCAUCUGUAGCCUUUGGGAGCAACCCUAGUCAUUAUUUCUAUCAAAACAACUGAUAUCAAAAGUACAUUUAUGUAUAUGUAAGGUAUUUAAAACAGUCAACAUACAGUAGUUCUAUUUUUUUUUUCCACUCAGCACUAUCUCUAGCUCAUUAUCCCUUUUUUCUUUACAAAACACUUCUUUUGGUUGAUGGUCAUUCCAUACUUCUUGCUGGUUUUUGUAAC